AUGUUCUUCGCGCAAUCACUCUGCAACUGCCCGCUGCUGAGAAACCCUCACCCCUCCGCACCCUCGCACUCUCAGUCACUUCUCCGUUUGCCGUCUCCUGUCUUCCCUGCAACUCCAAACACUUCCUCCUGGCUCCGCUUCAGUUUUCUGCAGUUCUGCUACAGAGAUAGAUUGAGCCAGAGAGUAGCGGCAGCAAUCCUUCGAUCCCAAACGGAAUGCGAGGAAGCCGCAGCAAUAGGGUAA